AAUGGAUUAAUUGACGCGGCAUUUCUCAACUGUGCCAUCCAAGACAAGGAGAAGCUGAAGAAGCAUAUGAUAAAGACCCUUGCAUCUACUUGCUCCAAUUUCUGCAAGUGUUUCGCAAUUCCCAUCUCGCAUCUUUGGUUCUUUGGCGGGUAAAGCGAUCCCUGACCGUUCACUGCCGCUGGGGCCUUGAGAUCUGAAACCCUGGUCUGGAGUCGCCAGGAAGAUCACUGGAUCAGUCCCUGCGCCGCCUACAGCCGAUCCCCUGCGUGUUCCCACAGUUUCCUUUAUCCACCAGAUCGGAUAGCCAUACUGUAACCUAGUCUGGCCAUAGCCCACCUUACCUGGGCGUGCCUAGACGACUGUUUAUCAAGCUUCAAGUUCAGCUCGACGGGAUCCUUCCCUCCAACGAUCCUAUUGAGACUACUCACACCCUCCCCUCAAGGCGAACACGCAACAUAAGUCCAUCAAGAUGAAAAAGUUCCUGGGCAACAUCAAGAAAAAGAGUGGGAGUCCAGAGCGCAAUGGAAGUUCCCCGGUUUCUCUACCUCAUGGUGAUGCGCCAGAGGCGGUGGUUGUUCGUGAAGUGACGGCAUUUUGCGAAUCAAGCGCACCCAACUCAGCAACCGCCGGCGAAGAGUACCUCCACCUGCCAGCCAUUGUCGACGCUGCAGAGUCCAGUCCUACCGCGGCGAAAGAGGCAGCUGCCACAAUCCGUCGUUAUCUAUCAAGAGAACACAACAAUCGAGGCUAUGCACAGUACAACGCCGUCAUGCUAAGUCGCAUCCUGACCGACAACCCUGGCCAUGUCUUCACACAGAACUUCGACGUCAAGUUCGUAACGACUGUCAAAGAACUCCUGCGCGAGGGAAAAGAUACCAGUGUACAGCAGAUUCUCAGAGAAACGUUGGACUACUUUGAGUUCCAGAAGGCACCUGGCGACGACGGCUUGGGACCGUUGAUAGAAAUGUGGAGGAAAGAGAAAGGAAAGCGCAACAACGUUCGCAGUUCGGUAGGUUGGGGCUCUUUGGAGGCGGUUGGCUCGGAUCAUCAUGCUGAUUACCAACAGCAAUACCGAGUUCCUCCUCCUCCAUCCGGACAGUACACUCAGUCGUCAGGCCGAAGACGCGAUGCCCUGCCACCCCCAGACGAGCUUGUUUCCAGAAUUGAAGAGGCGAAGACGACUGCGCGACUUUUGGUGCAGACCGUGCAGUCCACACCCAGCGCAGAGUUGUUGUCUACCGACUUGGUGCAAGAGUUUGCGGAAAGAGCAAGAUCCGCUCAGAGAAGCAUUCAAGGUUACUUGAAUUGCCAACAUCCUGCACCGGAUCCAGACACUACGCUCACCCUGAUCGAGACAAACGACCUGCUAAACAUUGCCAUGUCGAAACACCAAAGAGCGGUUCUUCAAGCCCGCAAGUCUAAUGGACUGGCGACGCCGAGUCCUCAGCCAGAGCAGGAACCAGCGCAAAACCCCCUCUCGAUGCCGCAACACAAUCUAGGUCAAAAUGUCUACAGUGAUAGCUCUUUGACUGACCAGAGACCCUAUGCGACGUCUCCCCCUCGUCGGCAAAAUCCUGUCCCUAGUCCACCCAUCAGCCCUCAAAAACAGGAUACUCACGAGCAAUUUGCACCGCCACCUGGACCUCCUCCGGCGUCCCGACGACCUACGGGAGCGCAGACGACCGGCUUCGACUACGAUCAUGCAGAUUCGGCGUCUGAACAACGACCUCCAGUGCCAGACCGGGCCCGCCCACCUACAGAUUCGUACGUUUCGACAUCCGCGUAUGGUGUAUCCGAAAACCCGUUUGCGGAUGAUGCAUAUGGAGAGGGGCCAAACACGUCAAAGACGUCAAACGGCUUGAUCGACUUCAGUGAAGAUACACCGUCCGCCCCAUCUCAGCAGUCAGUGGGCAACCAGCAUAUUAGUGAACUCGCCGGAGACCAGCAAAGACCGGGACCGUACAGUUCCGAGUACAAGCCAACUCCGAGCUACAUGCAUAGACAGGACUCUUCCGUGGCGAAUUUGACCAUGCACGGCGGAAGUCCACCAGCUGGGUUGAAUGGACAGGGGCAGAAUGGUCCCCACGAGACCGGGCCUGUAAGCCCGGUCUAUGAAGCCGAAGGAGUCGGUCGACGAAUGAAUGAUUUGCGUAUUUAGUAGAGUAGUGCGUGAGCGAGAGUCAGCGAUGAAUAUGACUGUUUGGAUCUCAUUGAAAAUCAGAUACCCUCACGUAGUCGGUGUAAUAGAAUGAUGACCUGUUGCAGAUGCCACUGUACCUACGUAUGAGAUUAUGCUGGACC